CAUGUUGUAUAAUUUGUAAUACAUCAAAUUAAAAUUUAAGUAACUUUGAAGAUUUUAAUACUUUGUCAAUAUGCAUAGAUAAGACACAUCAUGUAUAUAUACGUAUAUACGUACUACGUAUGCAUAUUUUAAAUUUCCCAUAUGUAAGUACGUAAACAUCAUUUGUCAUUAUCGCUAGUAAACAUUCCAUUUAGUUUAAAAUAAAACUAUAUUUCAUGUAAUUGUUUAAAGACAGUGAAAAUGUAAUUAUAGUGUAUCGUAACAUAGACAAAGUCAAUUAUGUUAUAAACACGUAUUCGAGAUAUCAUGUACUUCUGCAACAUUCCUUUCAUUGUAGGUUAUGAGUCAUAGCCUAUUUUUUUACGGAAUUUACUGUCUACUUCUUGCAAAAAAGUCAUUCUGUCAUUGCUAGCUAAAAAUGUUAAAUACAAUAAAAAUAUCAAUGAAAACAGAAAAUACAGAAAAAAGGUGACACUGAAAAAAUUAAGAAUAAAAGUAAAGUAUACAUAUUGAUGUUAUAGUUCAUAUAAUAUUCAUAAUUGUCGUAACACAAUAAGGAUCAAAGUGUAGUUAAGAAAAACAUUGUGAAACUUUUAUUGUUGUAUUAUAUAUAUUGAAAUAAUUAUGUAUUAUUAAUACUAAAUUUUUGUGGGAGUGAUUAAUUUCAUAAACAAAAGUAACUUUGAAAGAACACAAUACUAUCUUUAAUUGUGACCAAAGUAUUAAUAUAUGACUAAAGAUAUUAUCUAUAUAAUUUUAAAUGAUAUAAAUAAAAAGUAUUUUGUAGAUUUGUAAAAAGAGAAAAAUUGAAGAUAAAAGAUACAAAAUACUUAAAGUAAUAAUUUUAUAUAAUAAACUUCAAGAUAUUUUUAAUACCUAUAAUAAGUUAAUUAUAGUAAAAGCGAAGAAAAUAUAUUUAACAAGUAUGACCAGCCCAUUAAGAGAUCAACCAUGGGGUUUGCAAGUUAUUGAAAAUACAUUGAAAUGUUGUGCUCAUAGUCGUGUCAAUCGAGUGACAUGGCAUCAAGGCAUUAUUUUAGCACUCACAUAUUUAGCAUAUACCUGUUACCAUAUGACACGAAAGCCCAUGUCCGUUGUAAAAAAUGUGUUGAGUUUCAACUGUAGCACUUUAUCACCACCCCCAAACUUUUUAAUCAACACUAGUAAUCAAGAUACGUGGUGCGAUUGGGCUCCAUUUGAUACUGCAGAUGCUCCAGCAUUACUGGGCAUUUUGGACUCUGCAUUCCUGUUUGCAUAUGCAGCAGCCAUGUUCCUCAGUGGUUUUAUAGCAGAAAGAGCAAAUCUACGAUAUUUUCUUGCAUUUGGGAUGCUUGCAUCUGGUAUAUCUUGUUAUCUCUUUGGUAUUGCAAAGCCAUACAAUAUUCAUAGUUUAUGGUAUUUUGUUCUGGUUCAAGCCAUUGGUGGUGUCUUUCAAACAUCUGGUUGGCCAGGUGUAGUUACAGUUGUAGGAAAUUGGUUUGGAAAAGCAAAAAGAGGAUUGAUCUUUGGAAUAUGGAAUUCUCAUACAUCAUUAGGCAAUAUUUUGGGCAGUUUAAUAGCUGCCAAAUUUGUAGAAUCUGAUUGGGGUCUAAGUUUCAUGGUACCUGGAAUAAUAAUGGGCUUUACAGGAUUUAUAAUAUUUUUAUUUCUAGUACCAAAUCCUACAGACAUAGGAUGUGCACCACCUGCCCCACUUAGAUAUAGAAAAUUGGAGGCUGCCCAUAGUUCAGAUGAAGGAAGUAGUGCAGAUGAAUGUGAAAAUGUACACAAUGACAUCGAAAAUGGACGAUCAGAAACUAGUCCAAUAUUACCAAGACAUAGACAUAUACAAGAGAAUCAUAGAGGAAAUGCAAUUGGAUUCAUACAAGCUAUGAGGAUACCUGGAGUCGUAGAAUAUUCUCUCUCUUUAUUUUUUGCAAAACUUGUAAGCUAUACAUUCCUCUAUUGGUUACCAUUGUAUAUUGCAGCUUCAACUACUUACAGCACAACAUUAAGUGCAGAUCUUUCUACUUUGUUUGAUGUUGGUGGCAUAAUGGGUGCAAUAGCAGCUGGUGUUCUGUCUGAUUAUACUGGAAAAAGUGCUCUAACAUGUGCAGUCAUGCUUGGAUUUGCAGUUCCAAUGUUAUUCCUAUAUGACUACAUUGGGAGUACUGGUUGGGCAAUCAACAUAGUAUUGUUACUAAUAGCUGGUUUAUUAGUAAAUGGACCAUAUGCAUUGAUAACAACUGCAGUAUCUGCUGAACUAGGAACCCAUCCUAGUUUGGGAAACAAUUCUAAAGCUUUAGCUACAGUUACUGCAAUUAUCGAUGGUACAGGCAGUAUUGGAGCUGCUGUAGGUCCACUGUUAGCAGGAGUGGUAGCUCGUUGGGCUGGUUGGCAUAAUGUGUUUUAUAUGCUCAUGGUUGCUGACAUGUUGGCAUUAUUGCUUUUAUCAAGGUUAGUUUACAGAGAUAUACAACUAUAUAGACGACGGCGGAGGGCCAUUUAAUUUUAUUCUCAUACAUUAAGUAAAAGAUAAUGGACAUAUACGUAAAUAAACAAAUUCUUCAAAUAUGUAUUUGAAUUUUAACUUUUUUACAAAUGACAUAAAAUGUAUAAAGUAUUGCACUUUAUGUUCAAUCAUGUCAAAUUAUAUAUAUUUAAAAUGGAUGUAUUAUUAAGUUCUAGAAAUAGUUAACACCAGUGCACCUGAAUAAACAGUAUAUUUUUACAACUAA